AUGGGCAACAACAUCUCAAAUUUCACAGACAUGGCUACAAUAAGUAGUUAUGUGAAUGUGCUGGGCGAUGUUUAUUUUGAAAAGAGUAUUGGCACAGCUCGAUUCAUGAAGACAUUACGUGCAAGACAUACAGAUGGUUAUGUGAUCAUCAAAUUAUUCAUUAAACCAGAAUCUGAGGAAUCCAAAGCAUUGAUGAAUGUACCUAAUGCAUUCUACUUUCAACGAGUGGUGGAAGAUGACCGUGCUACUUUUCUUGUUCGACAAUAUCUAUAUAGUAGUCUUUAUGAUCGUAUCAGUACUCGACCUUUUCUGACGACGAUUGAAAAGAAAUGGAUUGCCUAUCAGUUAUUAAGAGCAGUAGCAGACUCGCAUGAAAAAGGUGUCUAUCAUGGUGAUAUCAAGACAGAAAAUGUACUUGUUACUUCUUGGAAUUGGGUGUAUUUAGUAGACUAUGCUUUCUAUAAGCCUACUUAUUUACCAGAGAACAAUCCAGCCAAUUAUUCGUAUUAUUUUGACACUUCUUUUCGAAGAACAGGCUAUAUUGCCCCUGAGCGAUUUUAUGGACCUGAAUCCGAGAUAGAGCAACGCAUGAACACACUGGCUGAAAAUGAACAUAAAAGUGAACUGACGCCUGAAAUGGACAUCUUUUCAGUAGGAUGUGUGAUUGCAGAAUUGUUUCUUGAGGGCACACCUUUGUUCAACUUGUCUCAAUUGCUUAAAUAUAAAAGUGGUGAUUAUCAUCCUGACACUGUACUUGAUCAAAUAGAAGACAGACAUAUGCGUGAUAUGAUCAAACAUAUGAUUCAAAUGGAUCCAACCAAACGAUAUUCAGCAGAAAAGUAUUUAUCAGAAUGGCAUGGAAAAGCAUUUCCUCACUAUUUUUAUUCGUUUCUGUAUCAAUACAUGAGCGCAUUGAAUCAAAAGGUCCAUAGUCCACCAGAACAGACAGAUACUACCAUUCUAUCUGCUCUUUCUUCAGCUUAUCCUAAUGUUAACACAAAGCUGACAGAUGCAGAUGAAAAGAUGGAGCAUGUAUUUGAUGAUUUUGAAAGGAUUCUUUACUUUAUAUCGUCGAGUGAUACAGAAAGAAAAAGAGCAGACAGUACAGCCUCUUCUAUUUUACUUGCGCCUGUUAAUGUGUCUACUACCAACACAUUCACAGAAGAAGAAGGAUCACUUAUUUUACUCUCAUUUAUUUGUUCUUUGAUCAGAAAUACACUUUAUCCCAGCAGCAAACUAAAGGCAUUGGACAUUCUGCUUGGCUUGGGUGAAAGAUUACCUGACGAUGUCAAACUGGAUCGAUUGGUCCCUUAUCUGAUUGCUUUAUUAACAGACGAAUCUGCCCUGGUCAGAGCCAAUGCGAUCAAGACACUCACUCAAGUCUUGUGUCUUGUCGAAUCCAUCUCGCCCAUUAAUGCCCGUAUUUUCCCUGAAUACAUUAUACCCAGCAUCCGCCCAUUUUCCACAGACCCUGAUGUUCUUGUUCGAUCGACCUAUGCUAGCUGUAUUGCCUUAUUAGCCGAGACAGCAUUACGGUUCUUGGAAAUGACACAACUGUUAAAAGCAGACCAUGUCUAUCCACUUCAAGAUACUGAUUCAGAAGAUCUGGAUUUCGAGUCUGCCUAUGACUCUUCCUUGCAGGAUUUACAGGCUGUGAUUCAAGAACAAGCGACCAUUUUAUUGAUCGAUAGUGAAAGUGCUGUCAAACGAGCCUUGUUGACCAACAUUACUUGCCUCUGUGUGUUCUUUGGAAGACAAAAGGCAAACGAUGUCCUGUUGAGCCAUAUGAUUACUUAUCUGAACGACAAGGAUUGGAUGUUGCGAAGUGCUUUUUUUGAAAGUAUCAAAGGUGUAGGUACUUUUGUAGGUGCUAAAAGUCUAGAAGAAUACAUUUUACCUUUGAUGAUUCAAGCCUUGACAGAUGCAGAAGAAUUCGUGGUUGAAAAAGUCUUGAAUUCAUUGACAAGUUUAGCAGAUCUAGGUCUGUUUCCCAAGAUGAAGCUAUGGGAACUAGUAGGCGUCAUUUGGCCUUUGAUUUGUCACCCCAAUGUCUGGAUUCGAUAUGGUGCUAUUGGGUUUAUUUCCUCAAGUGCUAAAAAUCUACCAAAGACUGAUCUUUGGUGUAUUAUCUAUCCUAUGCUGAGACCCUUUUUGAGAUCCGAUAUUGCUCAAGUGAAUGAAGGCACCUUAUUAGAAAAUGUAGAGACACCUAUUUCUCGCCAAGUCUAUGAACAGGCCAUCGUUUGGGCUACAAAAGCAACUGUUCAAUCUAAUUUCUGGAAGCAACAGAUCAGUAAACCUAUCAAAGAUAUGAUGUCGUUUAAAGCACCUCGUAUGUCAAUGGCAGCAUCCAACACAUUCAUGAGCAGCAGUAAACGAGGGUCUUUAUUUAACAGUAGCAUCACAGCAGAAGAGGAACAGGAUCAUUCAAAAGAGGAUCAAAUUUUCUUGGAGCGUUUAAGAAGUUUUGGCAUGUCGAUAGAAGAUGAAGACAAGUUGCGAUACAUGCGAGAAUAUAUUUACAAAGUGAGCAAGACAAAGAUGAGUCGGCCAAAAGCCAUUGAAGAACAAAGCUUGAUGAAGGGUGACAUCUUGUUGAAAAACCUUAAUGUGACGCCCAUGACUGUGUUCUUACCUGACUUGUCUCAAAAGUUACGCAGCAUGAAAUCAAAGCAAGGGGAUAAGCCUCAUUCUUCACCCAGUCUUCAAGUACCCAAAUCAAUGCGUACUCAGUCUCGAGAAGAUUUAUGCAAACUCAAUCGAAUUGCUAGCCAACCUCAUAUUCAGGCACUCUCACCCAGUAUUGUUGAUAAAGAAAACCAUAACCAUUAUCAAGAACCAGUGACAGCCAUCCCUAUUCAGAACAAGAUAAACUACCGAACCUCACCUAUUCCUAGUCCUUCAGACUAUCACUUUGGAUCGAGUGUGCCUAAAAGCCUUGAAAGGCCUAAAAGCAUUAUCUUGACCAUGGAUGCUAUCAAGAACAAACAUCACACACUAACAGAACCUGUUGAGUUGAGCUUAUUAUCCAGUCAGACAAAAUCACAGAGUAUCCAUGAUCAUGAUGAUCCACCCAAGGAACCACCCAAUAAAGUGAGCUCAAUUGGAUAUGCUCACUUGCACAAACUAUUGUACAAAAUUGCAACGGAAGCAUUCCCCCCUCAUAUACCAGAAUUUGCUGGAGACCCUUCUGUUAUGAAACGUAUCCGCAAACUCACCAACAUGACUACACCAAACACUUUAUACAACUGGAAGCCUGAAGGCAUUUUGGUGGCCCAUUUCACUGAACAUACGGGCUCUAUCAAUCAACUAGCCAUUUCUUUUGACAAUCUCUUGUUUGCUUCUUGUUCUGAUGAUGGUUCUGUCAAGAUAUGGGAUUGUUCUCGACUGGAACGGAAUGUCACCAAUCGAUCCAAAGCCACUUAUAAUCAACAGGGAGGUCGUAUUAAAUGCUUGACAUUUGUUCAACACACUUACAGUAUUGCUGCUGCGUCUGACAAUGGAAGCAUCCAUAUUUUUCGUGUGGAUAUUCGUAAUGCAGGUUCAGCACUCAAGUUUGGUAAAUGCAUCACCGUACGAGAAUAUCAAUUGAUGGACGAACAUGCUAUUCUCAUGCAGCACUUGACAAGCAAUGCUUCAAACACAAUGACAGGGUCCAAAUCAAUCUUGAUGUUUGCUACGACCAAAAGCACCAUUUAUGCGCUUGAUCUAUUGACGAUGGAGACGAUCUGGAAGCUGCAGAACAACAAGAGCCAUGGUGUGAUUACUUGUAUGGUCACUGAUCCUAAACAUGUCUGGUUACUCGUAGGCACCAUGCGAGGUAUUUUGACAUUGUAUGAUUUACGGUUCCAAAUCCCUCUCAAGUCGUGGCUUCAUCCAAGCAAGAGUCGUAUCAGUUCAUUGGUGUUGAUGGCCGAUCCUCGCGAUACGCAGGGCGAGAAGCAUUUGGUGAGAAUAGCAGCAGGAAGAAACGAGAUUUCUGUCUGGGAUCUAGAAUCAUUGACAUGUUUACAAGUCUUUGCUGUCAAAUCAGGCGAUGAAAAGACCACAGGUGUCUUGUUGGAAGCCUACAAGGCUUUAGAAGCUCCCUCUGAUAAAGACAUUUUGUUAAACACAUUUACCAACAAGGAAUCAAAUCUGGUAGAGAAUUCAGUUCGAGCCGUCAUCUCACCUCUUCAUUGUCCGUUUAUGAUCACAGGUGGUACAGAUCGAAAGAUCAGAUUUUGGGAUACGUCUCGGGUGGAGAAUUCGGGUGUUGUUUUAGGCUUGGAAAUGGAUGAACCCAAGCCAAGAUACAGUACAAAUACAUUUGAUCAUAUGAAUUUUUACUUUGAGUUUACACAUGCCAAUCGUCAACAAGGUGCAUCCAACUAUACAAGUCGUACAACAGCAGCCACAACCACAACCAUGUCUAUGUCUCAUCAUGCAAAUGCCAUUGCACAACAGCAGUAUUUGAUGAGAAAUCAUACAGAUGCCAUUACAGACAUGGUAUUAACAGAAGCACCUUAUCCAAUGAUUAUCAGCGGUGAUCGAGAUGGUGUUAUCAAGGUUAUUUCUUAA